UGGGAUGAAUUUUUACUUCCCUCUCAACGUUUAAAUACCGACUGCAAACUGCACCCCUCAAUCCUUCAACUAACACGCAAAUCUGCCGCCAAAUCCUAAAAAACCACCGAAAUCCACCGCCGAAAUCAAUGCUCCGAUGACCAACUAACUGACCAACGCACCUACCUACUUCCCUGCAAAUUUCACAGUCCACAAAUGGCUCUCAAGAACCGAACGCCGCCGAGUCCGAGUCCGCCGCAGUCGCCGCCGGAUCUCAAGCACCGCGUCAUCAUCUGCCUCAACAAGCUAGCCGACCGGGACACGCUGGCACUCGCCGUCGCCGAGCUCGAGUCAAUCGCUCUGAACCUCACGCAGGAUACGUUCUCUCCAUUCCUCAACUGCAUCCAUAAUACGGAUGAUUCCUCGAAAUCUCCCGUCCGGAGACAAUGCGUCUGUCUUUUGACUUUACUUUCUCACUCGCAUGGAAACUCGCUCUCGCCUCAUGUGUCGAAGAUGAUUUCCAUCGUCGCUCGCCGCCUCCGAGAUUCCGACUCCGCCGUCCGAUCGGCGUGCGUGGAGGCGACCUCCGCCAUGUCAUCGCAGAUCACUAGGCCUCCGUUUUCCGUUAUUUCGAAACCUUUGAUUGAACUUCUGGUGGGGGACCAAGACGUGAAUUCGCAGAUCGGAGCCGCGUUGUGUCUGGCGGCGGCUAUUGAGGCGGCACCGGCUCCCGAUGUCGAGCAAUUGAGGAAGGUGUUGCCCAGGCUCGGGAAGUUAGUCAGAAGUGAGGGGUUUAAGCCUAAGGCAGCUGUGAUUGGGGUUAUUGGUAGUGUUGUUGGCGUUGGUAGUGCAGGCAGUAGGGGAGUUUUAGAUUGGUUGGUGCCGGGUAUGGUGGAGUUUUUGAGCAGUGAGGAUUGGACGGCGAGGAAGGCAGCGGCAGAGGCGUUGGGAAAGGUAGCAGUGGCAGAGAAAGAGCUGGCGCCGGAGUAUAAAGCCACAUGUCUAAAGGUUCUGGAGAAUAGAAGGUUUGACAAGGUCAAGGUUGUCCGGGAGACGAUGAAUCAUACUCUGGAGUUGUGGAAGGAGGUUCCAGGUCUUUGCGAGGACGUCCCGGUGUCACCUCUGUCUAAGUCAUCUUCAAAAGAUAAUGGUAGCAUUGGAUGCUUUCCUUCUGUUGCCCAAAAUUCCAAUGGCGUUGGUUUUAGAACUCCUCGGAAAGUCAUCCCCAUGAGUAGGUCCCCCCCAUCCAACAGUUCCUCUGUGGCUGUGACCAAUGUUCAGAGCAAGUCGCUUCUGAAUAGUAAAGACGGGACUUCAAGCUCAUCAAUUUUUAGUAGGUUGGACCACAGAAAAUCAUCUGAUUGUAAAAUUGAAAUUGCUAAGCUACAGUCUCCCUCUUCAAAAGGCCAAGGUGAAUAUAUAAGAAGGAUUGACCAUGGAGUUAAGGAAUCGGGACAGAAUGGGGACAACAAAAAUCCUAGGCCAGAAAUAAAACACGUACUCUUCAGUAAGUCCCAAGAUGAAAAAGUUCAUAAAUUUGGUGGUUUCAGGUCUGGGUCUCGAGUGGUUCCAUAUCAAGAUGAUGAUAUCUCGUUUGUUGGCAUAUGCAAUGCGAGUGAAGAGGUUUGUGACAACAGCCAUGAUGACAUUGAAAAUCUGUCUUUGAUCCAUGAACAACUUGCUCAGAUUGAAGACCAGCAGUCCAGUUUACUAAACCUCCUCCAGAAAUUCAUUGGAAGCUCCCAGAGUGGGAUUAGUUCUUUGGAGACACGUGUGCAUGGUCUAGAGAUGGCUAUCGAUGAAAUAUCUUAUGAUUUAGCUGUAUCCAGUGGAAGGUUUCCUAACACUGAUUCUGCUAGAAAUACAUGCUGCAAGCUUCCUGGUACAGAAUUCUUGAGUCCCAAGUUCUGGCGGAAAAGAGAAGCUCGGUUUUCUACUUCAAGGUUCUCUUCUUCUGGAUGCAUGCAUAUCCUAAAUGAUAUAAAUAACACACCUAAUAAGGAUUCUGGUGAGGAAACACAUAAGCAAGUCUUCCAGAGAUUUCAGCACCAAGCAAGGGAUGAAUUUGCUGUUAGCCCCAAGGUAAACGUUUGCAGCGACCAAGGGAAGAAUUCAGGUUUCUGUUUGAAUAGAAUGUCAAAGAGCAUCUGUCAGGAUGCCAAGAGAGUUCAGGUUUUCAAUGCCAGCAGUUCUGACGGGGCUUCACCUCUUACUUGUACAGCAUCAACCUAAGCAGGAGGUGGUCUGCUUAACCAGAACCAAACUUAGAAUUUGUUUCGAGGACCAACAUAAUCUUUGAGAUGUACAGGCCUGCACCUUGAACCACCAGACUUCAAAUCGCCACGAUACAGGGAAGCUAGUCAUGGAUCAAUAUUUGAUGAAGAGUUACAUCCCUUCGGUCCAUUACAAGACAUUGUAGGUUUCAGUCUCUGAUUUAUACUUCUUUGUUUAAUGGUCAGAGUUAGCUUUUCUAAUGCAAUACCAGAGCCAGAACAAAGUCGUAGCAUGUAUACAAGGUCUUGAAAUAAAAUCAUUUAGCCAUCACUAAUUUAGAUGCUGCUUCAAGGAGAGCCCUCAUCCAUGCACAGAAGGGAAGCCUUUGUGAACCCCUUUCCGGCCUGUACUCGGUUCUUGUGUAAGGUAUAUAAUCUUUUAAUUCUAUGGGCAUUGUAUAUUCAAUUGGGAAAUUUUUUUUAGUGGUCAACGUAUUUCUAUAUUAAUUAAUGCAUAUCUCCAACUAAAUUUUUUUACCAAACCAUCAUAAAAUCACCUCACCUUCACUUCAUACGUUCAGAAAAAAUAAAUUGAAACUUUUAUGUAAUGUAAUGCCCUCAUGUGAUUUCAAAUUUCAGCACAAUCUCCAAUAGAUUUAGGUUGUUUUUCAUCAUCACAGUAGAUAGAUUAAUUCAUGUAUUCAGUUCAACAAUUUCCUUUCAUGUAAUGAACUUUAAUCUUUCAAGUUUAUGCAAGGUAUUGUUCUCUUUUUAUUUGCAAUUAAUUUAAUGUUUAUAAUAAGUAGCAUUUUAUUCA